AUGGGUAUACUGCGUAAGCUGGUCACCACAAUUGUCACAUCCCAGGAUAGUCUACACGCAUACAAAGAUAGGGACUGGACCGGCCUAAGGCUGGUGGUGUGCCGUAGGGCUGACUUGGCCGGCGUCAUAGACGUCUUGCCCUGGCCUCUCAAUAACAGAGCGCUCAUCCUCGUACCAGAAGACAUUGAAUUCUCAGCUUGGGAGGCGUACCGAGCUAGUGCCGCGGUACCGGCAGUGUACCAGUACCUGACUGCCGUGUCGGUACCUCCUCUUCAGGAGCAGCUGGACGUGUUGAGGCGGGAGCCCUGGUCCAGGCGUACCAACCUAACCGGUCUCGUCAUGCGAUGUUUAUCUGGGGACUAUCCUCCGUUCUCCCUGACGUCACCUAUGCCAGAUGGAACUAUUACAGUAUCGGGGUUCGCUGGUGACGUUUGGGCAAGCCUCGAAAAACACCUUUCUUUCAGAUCCGAAUGUCGUGCCCCGGACGACGGGUUGUGGGGAAAUUACGACGCUGCCACUGGUCGCUGGGACGGCGCACUCGGUCAACUCCAACGAGGCGACCGCGACGUUGUCGUCUCUCCCUUCCUCGUGAACCUGAUAAGGAGGAAGUUCUUCGAGUUCUCGAGCCCGCUCUACUCUAGCAGGAUGGCGGUGAUCGUCCAGAAGCCCGAGUCAUUCUCCUCAAGCUCCAACUACACUCGAGAGUUCACCGAGACGAGCUGGCUCGUCGUCGCCGGUCUUUUCCUGUUGUCAGUGAUGACCAUGAAAAUCUUCAGCAAUUUCAUGCAGUCGUCCCGCACUUGGAGCGAUUGCUUCAUUGAAAACGUACAGAUUUUCUGCAACAUGGGUUACAGGGGCAGCGCCCCUGACCGCUGGUCCUACAGGAUUUGGCUCCUGACGGCGCUCUUCGCCGUGGUCCUGCUGAACGUGGGCUACACGUCCUUCCUCACGGCCAUGCUCUUGUCGCAUACAAGUGAACUCCCAAUCAAAACUUUGCAAGAUAUAUACGACAAGAAGGACGAUUUCUCUCUGGGGCUCGUCAAAGAUUCUUCCACUGUAAUUCUCUUCAAGUUUGCAGAAGACAACGAUGUAUUGUUACGAGGUUUGUGGAGGGAAAUGAUCUCCAAAGACCCUCGAAACCUCGCAUCCGAGAAAGCCAACGUCGAGAGAAGCCUUCACGACCGUAAACAUAUUUCAAUCAUGGACUAUGAUUAUUACAUGAACAAUUUGGCGGACUGCCAUCUGGCUGUCUUGCCUGAAAUGGUUAUUAUGUCUUCAACUUCCUUCCCGCUGAGGCGACAACAUCCUGCCAACCAAAUCAUAAACUACGUAUUGCUGAAGAUGUCGGAGAGCGGAGUGCUGCGGAAGCUCUUCAAGAAAUGGCAGAAGGCAGCAGAAUCGUGCGAGUCGGAGCAGCUGUUUGCGCUGGGGCUGGCCGAGACUUACACGGCCUUCGUGCUGCUGGCGGUCGGCAUCGUCAUCGCAUUCGUCGUACUCGUCGUAGAGAAGUUCCUGGGUAGAGCUAAAUAA